UGCAUCCCCACCCCUCCCUCCCCUCAAAAUUCGCAGCGUGUCCUUUCCACGCUCUCGUGCUCCCCCUUCCUCCAUUUCCUCUUCCCCGGCUCCUCCCCGCCCGCGCAAAACCUAACCCUAGCCAGCCUAGCUAGCUUUGGUCCGCGGCGCCAAUGGCGCGCCCCGUGUGAGAUUGAGAGAGGCCGCAGCGGGGGAAGCUCGUCGGGGGAGAGAUGUAUAAGCAGGGGGGAGGGGGCGGGGCGGGGCUGGACCGGAAGCGCAUCAGCGACGCGCUCGACAAGCACCUCGAGAAGGCGGUCGCCGCGGCUUCGCCAUCCACGUCGAGGGGGUCGGCGGGCGGCGGCGGCGGGCGCGACCACCACCGCCUCGUCGUGCCCUCCUCCGCGUCAUCCAUCCCCAAGGGCCGCGGCUCAGAAGGUGAGUCUGAUUCUGAUAGUGAAGCAUCAGAUGUUAGCGGCUCUGAUGGAGAAGACACCUCAUGGAUUUCAUGGUAUUGCAACCUAAGAGGGAAUGAAUUCUUCUGUGAAGUCGAUGAUGAUUACAUUCAAGAUGACUUCAACCUUUGUGGCCUUAGCAGCCAAGUUCCAUAUUAUGACUAUGCUCUCGAUCUCAUUUUAGAUAUCGAGUCCUCUCAUGGUGAUAUGUUCACUGAAGAACAAAAUGAGCUUGUAGAAUCAGCAGCAGAGAUGUUGUAUGGACUAAUUCACGCACGAUAUGUUUUGACCAGUAAAGGACUUGCUGCAAUGCUGGAGAAGUAUAAGAACUAUGACUUUGGACGAUGCCCACGAGUUUACUGCUGCGGCCAACCAUGCCUACCGGUUGGGCAAUCAGAUAUUCACCGCUCUAGUACUGUGAAGAUAUACUGCCCCAAGUGUGAAGACAUCUACUAUCCACGGUCCAAGUACCAAGGCAAUAUCGACGGCGCAUACUUUGGGACAACAUUUCCCCAUCUGUUCCUGAUGACAUACGAGCACCUCAAGCCUCAGAAGCCCUCGCAGUGCUACGUUCCUCGUGUGUUCGGCUUCAAGCUCCACAAGCCAUGAACCUCGUGUACUUGGCUUUUAAGCUCCACAAGUCAUGACCCUCGUGUAUUUGGCUUUUAAGCUCCACAAGCCGCGCCUGGAAGCUAAGGAAACGGGAAUUUUGCAGGUCUAGAGGCCCUUGAAGACUACGUGUAAGAGUGCUCUCGGCAAAUAGGUAAAAUACUAAGCAUGCUGCCGCACGCUUGUACCUAGGCUGGGCAGACCUAUUCGACAUUUGAGUGUAGCUCUGAAGGACAUCAAUGUUGUAUGUAACCUAAUUCCUGUUGUUGUUUGAUUAGUAAAUCUGGACCUCUUACGGUGUAGAA